AUGAUAGUUUCCAGUAAGAACAUCUUUGACAAUGCACUUCAAACAGUGCCACUGCCCCCUCACCAGCGGCUGACAAUAAAGGACCUAUUUGUGGAUGGUAAGCCAAAUGCCGAGCUACUGAAGAACCAUUUGAUCAAAGAGGGACGUGUGGAGGAGGACGUUGCGCUGCGCAUCAUAAACGAGGGUGCCAACAUCCUAAGGCAGGAGAAGUGCAUGCUAGAGGUGGAGGCACCAAUCACUGUAUGUGGUGAUGUUCACGGACAGUUCUUCGACCUCAUGAAGCUCUUUGAAGUUGGUGGUUCCCCCGACAACACGCGCUAUCUCUUCCUGGGCGAUUAUGUAGACCGAGGAUACUUCAGUAUUGAGUGUGUGCUGUUCCUGUGGACAUUGAAAAUCAACCAUUCCAACACCCUCUUCCUCCUCAGAGGCAACCAUGAGUGUCGGCACCUCACAGAAUACUUCACCUUCAAACAGGAAUGUAAAAUAAAGUAUUCAGAGAGGGUUUAUGACGCAUGUAUGGAAGCCUUUGACUGCUUGCCUCUUGCAGCUCUUCUAAACCAGCAGUUCCUCUGUGUACACGGUGGCCUCUCACCAGAAAUCAACUGCUUAGAUGACAUUAGGAAAUUAGACCGGUUUAAGGAGCCCCCGGCAUUUGGGCCUAUGUGUGAUUUGAUCUGGGCCGACCCAGGAGAGGACUACGGCAGUGAGAAGACGGCAGAGCACUUUAACCACAACUCAGUCAGAGGCUGCUCCUAUUUCUUCAGUUAUGCAGCAGUUUGUGACUUUCUGACAAACAACAACCUGUUGUCAUUAAUCAGAGCACAUGAAGCACAAGACGCAGGGUACAGGAUGUACAGAAAAAGUCAGACAACAGGCUUCCCUUCAUUAAUUACCAUUUUCUCAGCACCAAAUUACCUAGAUGUCUAUAACAACAAAGCGGCUGUAUUGAAAUAUGAAAACAAUGUCAUGAACAUUAGACAGUUCAACUGCUCUCCUCACCCGUACUGGUUACCCAACUUCAUGGAUGUGUUUACGUGGUCGCUGCCCUUUGUGGGCGAGAAAGUGACUGAGAUGUUGGUGAAUGUCCUAAACAUCUGCUCUGAUGAUGAGCUCAUGUCAGAGGGAGACGACUUGUGUGAAGGUGGAGUUCCAGCUGUCCGUAAGGAGGUGAUCAGAAAUAAGAUCCGUGCCAUUGGGAAAAUGGCCAGAGUCUUUUCUGUUCUCAGGGAAGAGAGUGAGAGUGUACUGACCCUCAAAGGGCUCACCCCAACCGGAACGCUACCUCUAGGAGUGUUGUCUGGAGGCAAGCAGACCUUACAGAAUGCCACCAUAGAAGCAAAGGAGGGUCAAGCCAUCCAAGGCUUCUCUCCUACACGGAAAAUCCGCAACUUCGAAGAAGCUCGUGGCCUGGACCGAAUAAACGAACGGAUGCCUCCUCGCAAGGACGGCCAGCAACCUGACAGUACCACAGUUAACGCUGCCAAUGAGAAAAACGGCACUGACGGGAAUGUGUAAGGGGAGAUUUUGCACUUUUCCUCUCCUUCAUAGCAUUGUCUCUUUCUCUGCCACGUUCUCCACAAGACAGACCCCUCAACUGCCGGAUCCUGCAGAGGAGGGCCUUGGAUGUGGAGAGGAAUCAUUCCACAGACGGGGAGAGAAAUCACUUACAACUAAGUACAAACAUGAGAUUUUAUUUAUUAAAUGAAUUGUAUUAGAUGUACUUGAUAGCAACAUUUUAAAGAUGAGUGAACAUUUGACAGUGUGCAAAAAACAGGUAUACAGUCACAAUGUGUCAACCAUGUUGAAAACUGCAGUUUUGUAACUCGACGAGUAGAGAUGUGGGUUUAAGAUGCUGCACAGAUCAGAAGAUCUAGUUAAUCCCCGUUUUAUAAUAUUGUAUGUCGCAAUGUAUUCAGCAAGGGAUGGUUUGACUGAAUAUACUGAUGUAUGUUAUCAAUAAGCGAUUUUAUUAAGACAAAACAAACCUAAGGGAAAUAAGUUCAACUGUAGGUUCGUUUUUAUAUCUACGAAAGUAAAACUGUUUAAUAUUACUCGGUUUCAAGCAAGAUUCAGACUGAAUGAAAAUAUUAGCUGCUUUGGGUGCCAUGUGUCUAUUUCUACUUGGAAAAACUAGCAUUUUUGUCCAAAUACAGCCAGAUGACACACCACAUGCAAGCAGCCAUAACAUUGAAGUUGUUUGAUUCUAAAAACAAAGCAUGUCUUAUGAAAGCAUCACGUAAUCUUUCUUCUGCAUCUGUACUUGAGGCUAUUUCAGUCUCUUUAGAAAUAUCAUUUGACAGUCUUUCAGGCUCACUUUCCCUCAUUUCUUUCUGCCACACUUCUCUUUUUGCUGUUUCUUAAAAAAGAUGAUAGAUGAGUUAAUAUAUACAGUGAAAUCCGUUAGUAUGCCUAUAAGCUCAUGUACACUUGUAACAGC